CUUAUGAAAAGGCAACCAGAGAACAAAGGAUGAGAACAGAGAUAUCACAGGCAAAGAAAGAUGCCAAUUUUUAUAUUGAGAGCGUUGAAAAAGGAAAAGGAUUUGAAGCCAUGGAACAGAGAAAGAGAAAACAUGAUGAGGUAGUCCCUGAAAAGAAUAUCAGAACUUUCAAACAACACAGAGUAAUAGAUGAUGCUCCUACAACAUCGGAACCGGAGAAAAAGAAAAGCAAACCAAGUCAAAAUACAAAUAAAAUCAAUGCUAAUCUCCUUAGUAAGAUUUUCACCUCCAACAGAUGACAGUUAACUCCUUCUGAUGUUUGCCGCAUGUAAAUAAAUAAAUAAAUGAAUAUUUGAAAGAUGUGGUCUAGAUAAAUUUUCUUACUGAAAAGAAAAAUCCAUUCUGAAUUACAUAUUAUCUAACAACUGGAUACUUUAUUUGCUGUUUUCAAUGGCUUUUCAAGGCACUUAUAGGCAGUUGCAUUUCUUGUUGUUGUGAAACCAGCAUCUGAAAAAUUAGAAGAAGAACAAUAUUAUCAUUACUAAUUAAAGCAAAUUGCUUUCUUUAACUUUUCCUUAUCAGAAGAAUUCCGAACUACUACUCUUUUCUGCUAAAUUGCCCACAUCCCCUUUGCUUACCACAGGCCAGUAAGGUCUAUCGUACGAUGUGUUUAUUUAAGCGGAAACCACAUAAGCAAUCAAUUUAAAUCUGAUAAUUCAAUAAAACUUAGAAUUUCGUA